UGUGCUCUUUUCCCGCUUCCAUAUAUUCUGGUUUACCGUAAAAUUUGGCCGCGAACAAUUUACAUAUUAUGUUUAGCAUUUUUCAACCUCGAACAUAUAAAUUUUAUAAAGCGUAAACAGAAGAGCUACUACAGUUAUUUUAUUUAUUUUUAAUUUUAAUGUUAUCUAUUCUUCUCCUACUCCUUACAAACUGAAAAGACAUUUUUAUUUAGAGGUUUUGUUUGGAUUAGUUAGACAAUAAAAGGAAAAAAAGGCAAGUCAAAGAUACUUUUAGUUGAAAUAAAAUAUCAAGUUAAGAUUGUGUCUGGUCCAUUUAUUGAAAACGAAUACUUGGUGGCCAAGGCUGGUCUGGUCCUCUGGUAUUAAUGGAGAAGAUGAACCUAACAUCAACUCUUCAGCUAGAUUCCUCUUUUUAUCUCUCUCGCUCUCUCUCUUUUAGAUCUCUUUUCGCUCCCAUAUGUCUAUGCUUCUGAGACGGCUCUCGAGUCUCGGACUUGGGAAACCUCAUGUGUCCGUGAGAUCCUCUCUUCUUCUUCACUCUAGAGGAUUCUCAACUUCCUUGCUUCAAACCCCUCCUUGUAGAAUCGUCUUGGCUGAGCCCUGUGGAGGGGAUCUCGGAAAACUUGUGGUAAUGAAUUUAAAUGAACUUGAGUGCAAGGAUUUGGAGAAGAAGGUGCCUCUGGAGUUAGUGGAUGAUGAAGACUCAAAGAUAAUAAUAGGGGCAUCCGGUGGCUGGAUAGCUACUCUAAAGGAAGAUGGAGUGCUGCGUCUCCAAGACGAUUUCAACCCUGUUGCUUCUGAUACAAAUCCGAAACGCAUCCCACUGCCUCCUCUGGUGACUCUGCCUCAUUGCCAAACCAAAAUCAUCACCAACGUGUCAGUGUCCUCAUCUUCUCCAGAGGAUGAUGAGGACUGUGUCGUGGCUAUCAAGUUCUUGGGACCGCAGCUCAGCUUUUGCAAACCAGCCGGUAAGAGUGGUAAACCAGAGUGGACCAACAUCAAGAUCGAAAACCCCUGCUUCUACUCCUCCCGUGUCAUGUUUUCCAAGAAAGACAAUAUGUUUCGUAUUCCCGGAUCUGGAGGCCAUCUCAUCGGUUCAUGGGAUCCCUACAAACCCAGCAAUAACCCCACGUUUCAGAGGUUGCGGUUUAAAAACAUGCCCAAGCUCACCAAGGCUAAACAGAAUCUUAUGGAUUUGUGCUGCAGGAGCGAGCACUUGGUGGAGUCACGACCCACGGGUGAAACUUUCUUGGUCAAGCAGUACAAGAAGACAAUCAAGAUCACCAAGGCUGGUAUUGCUAGAAUGAGAACCAAAGCUUUAAUGGUAUUCAAGCUAGACAAUGAAGGAAAUGCUGUUUACACUCAAGAAAUUGGAGAUCUCGUCACGUUCCUUUCAAUGUCUGAACCUUUCUGUGUCCCUGCUACUUCCUUUCCUGGCUUGUACCCUAACAGUGUCAAAUUCCAUGAUUUCGACGAAUCAGGUUUUGUCGGUCUGAAAUCCACAAGAGUCUGGAGUAGAUCUUAUACAUGUAGUGCCCCUUACUACAUUCCACCACAAAAUAUUAUCUAGUCUUAGAUUUGGAUAUCGAGUCUGUUUUUCUUUUCUGUUACACCAUAUCUAUUCUUCCAACGAAUUAUGUUAUAAACAUAAAUUGAAAAUAGCAAUGGAUCAUCUAGCCUUUUUUACUUCACCA